AUGCAAUCCCUCAGCGAGCUCAUCGACGAAACCCCACCGGACCGGCUCCGCGACAACGCGUCGCCCGACGCGCAACGCAUGCGCGCGUCCGCGACGACGGAGGAGCCUCCACCAACCGCGCCGCCGCGGCGGAUCGCGCCGUCGACGCAGGACGCGCUCGAGGCGGCGGAGCACGGCGACGCGCGCGCGCUCGCGGCCUACCUUGAAAAUGGAGGCGACCCGGCGGCGACGUCGCGGCUGCAUCACAUGGGCUGGAGUUUACUUCAUCUCGCCGCGGGCUGCGCUUUGGCGGGUGGGCCGGGCGCGGCGCAGGCGUAUAGAAGGCGGCCCGAGCCCGACGCGCCCGGUGGCUUCGCGCGGUGCGUCGAGCUGCUGCUCGCGGCCGGGGCCGAGCCGGCGACGGGCGACGAAAGGCCGGCGCCGCUCGCCGGCGCGGUGUUGUGUGGAGACGCCGCGAGCGCGCGCCUGCUGCUGCGCGCGGGGGCCGCCGCCCCAACGGAGGUCGAGGCGCCGCCGGGCCGGCACACGGCCGCCGAGCGCGAGGCCAUGCGCGAGCUCCUCGCCGCGCCGCCCAAAUUGUUGCCGCGGUCGCCGUUGAGGGUGGAGGCGAAGCUGUCCGAGUACGUCGAGGGCGACGCGCGCGAGAGGGUGGUGGAGGUCCGCUGGCGGCCGCCGCCGCCCGCGCCGGGCGUCGGGCCGGUCGAGCGGUACGUCGUCCGCGGGCGCGCCGUCGCCGGCGGCAGCACAAAUGCUGACGCGACCGUCGAGUUCGCCGUCGGGGUCUGUUUCCUGCGUCCUGUUAGUUUUUGUCUUCGUCCUUCUGUCGCAGUGGCUGAGCCCACUGGUCUGGCGUGCUGUUUGUCCGAGGACUCCCGCACAACACGCAUCGACGCAGGCCGCGCGCGCGCCCGGCGCCGGCCGCCGGCCGCCGCGGCGCGACUUCUGCGCGAACGAGGCCGUCGACCGCGGCGUGGCGCUGCGCCGGCACCUCAACCUGCCGCCGCCGCCGCGCCCGUCGACGCUUGUCCACGGCCUCGCGCCCGCGACGACGUACCGCUUCGCCGUGUCUUGUGUGUGCGCCGUCGACGGCGAGCUUCAGCGCACGAUCAAAUUUCGCGGCGCUUCUCGCAUACGGCAGAAUCAUGAUCUCAACGCGACGCAGGUGAGCUCCGGGAGUCCCCUCCAUCAUUACGGUCGCGCCCCCUCGAGGUGCCCGCCGUCCCAGCCUGUGUGGAAAUCGAAUUUCAGGCGCCCCGCCUGUUCCUGUCACUGCAUCUGCGCGAUGGCGUGGAGUUUCCACGCCACCGACACGGAGUUUCGCAACCUAACUCACUGGUUGAUUUCCACACAGGUCGACGAGGAAAACUGGCAGACGGGCGAGCUCCUCGAGAAGGUGCUCACGCACGGCCUGGGCACCCGGGCCGCCGCCGCGGCGCCGCGACCAGCCGCGCGCGACGACGCCUCCGGAGCCGCCUACGCGGCGCUGGACGCGGGCCGGCCGCCGCCGGCGCCGCUCCUGCGGCCUGUAGCCGGGCCCAAGGAGGAGUGCGUCGUGUGUUAAUGUUUU